CACAGGACAAGCCUCUGUCAUCCCUGGACUAGCAUCAAGCCUGCACUAAGGAUAUCUCACCAUGACGAUUCCACUUUCCAGAACACAACUUGCCCUCUUCUUUAUUCUGCUUUGUCCAGUCAACAUUAUUGGACUCUGGUGGGCAGUGGGGAGUCCGUUGGUCAUGGACCCAAAUAGCAUCUGCAGGAAGACAAAACGUCUAGCAGGCAAGCAGGCCGAGCUAUGCCAGACACAGCCGGAGAUCGUCAACGAAGUCGCCAAAGGUGCAAAGCUGGGUGUCCGAGAAUGCCAAUUCCAGUUUCGCUUUCGACGCUGGAACUGUACUAGCCAGAACAAGUACUUUGGCAAAAUCCUCCAGCAAGAUAUCCGAGAGACAGCAUUUGUGUAUGCCAUCACAGCAGCGGGAGUGACGCAUGCAGUUACCCAGGCCUGCAGCAUGGGGGAGUUGCUGCAGUGUGGCUGUGAGGCCACGCGGAGCCGAGGGCCGCCUCCACGUUUAGGCAGUAUGGGCCCAACUGAGGGAGUGAAGUGGGAGUGGGGGGGCUGCGGGGACGACGUGGAGUUCGGCUAUGAGAAGUCCAAGCAGUUCAUGGAUGCCAGACGAAGAAAGGGCAAGAGUGACAUUCGCACACUGAUAGACCUUCAUAAUAACGAGGCCGGGAGGCUGGCGGUGAAGAAUUAUAUGAGAACUGAAUGUAAAUGUCACGGGCUGUCUGGCUCUUGCACUCUGCGGACUUGCUGGAAGAAAAUGCCUCACUUCCGUGAAGUGGGUGACCGUCUGCUUGAGCGCUUCAACGGGGCAUCCAAAGUGAUGGGUGGGAAUGACGGUAAGACUCUCAUCCCAGUGGGCCAAAACAUCAAACCACCGGACAAGCAGGAUCUCAUCUAUUCGGCAGAGUCACCAGACUUCUGCCUACCCAACAGGAAGACGGGUUCCCUGGGCACACGGGGCCGAAUAUGCAACAGCACGGCACUGGAUGUGAGUGGAUGCGACCUUCUGUGUUGUGAGCGGGGACACUGGGACGAGACGGUGGUCCUGGAGGAAAACUGUCUCUGCCGUUUCCACUGGUGUUGCAUAGUCCAGUGUAAAAAGUGUUCUGUUAGGAAAGAACUCAGUUUGUGUCACUAACCAAACUUUUCUUCAUGUAGAAAUUGAGAAGAGUGCUUCAGAAUGCAAAAUCCAUUGGAAGUCAUGCUAGAACACUCAAAACAAGCUCUGUUGCAAAGAAUCUAGAACAUUCCAGAUUUACUGUAGAAUGUACUGAAAAAUGUGUAUGCACAUUUCAGACCCUAAGGUUUUGGAAAACAUUAGAGGAGUGUCUCACUCAUAAUGCACCCUACAGCAUACCUGUAGAACUACUAGUCUCAUUUAAUACUCAAGAUUUAGGAGGGGUUCUUCAGCUGUGAAGUCAAGACAUUCAGAAAUCCUUAUCAGCAAAGUGAAGAGAGCUUAAGCCUAUCUUUUCUUUUAGAUUAGCCCUGUUUAUUUUGUCCAUUGGUUUGAUUGAAGUGGUUAUAUCCUUUGUUGAGUCAAUGAAUGGAAGCACUUCCACAUUACUGUCUUGAGAGAACACCUACAUGCACACAGGGACAGCAUUGCAGCCAUGGUUUGAGAAAACAGAAGCACAGCAACAUUAUGCAUGAUGUCAGUGCAAUGGCAAAGGCUGCUCUUGCUCUGUACUGUCUGAAGUAAGAGGCACAUCAAGUAAAGGAUAUUUGGCACAGCACUCUGUAAAAUGGGCAUCGCCUGGACACAAAGUAAAUAAUCUUAUUUAUAAUGUCUAACAUGACUACUUGUAGUGAAUUGACUAAUAUACCCUGUAAACUUCUUUUAAAAGCACUUUGAACAGGAAAACAUUGAAACGAAAAGUAGCAUGUCAUUUCACUUUUAAAUCAGUUCUUUCAAUGGUAAAAAGCAAACCCCCUUUCUUUCCAUUUUUGUGUAUAAUAUUUAGUCUUAUGGGCUUUUAGUGCACUUUUACUGGUACUGAUCACUCUUGUUACAUUUAUUUGCCCCCAGGUAUAACACAUUUUUAGUGGUUUGUUUCAGUUUUUUUUUUUUAAGGGAUAGUUCCUUCAAAAAUGCAAAUUCCCUCAUGAUAUACUCACCCUUAUGUUGUUCCAACCCUGCAUGACUUUCUAUCUUAUGUGGAACUUAAAAGGAGAUGUUUGGCAGAAAGUUAGCCUCAGACACCAUUGACUUUCAUUGCACCUUUUUCCAUACAGUGAAGGUAGAUGUGACUGAGGCUGUCAGUCCCUAACAUUCUGCCCAACAUCUCCUGUUUAGUUCCAUGGAAGAUAUAAAGUCAUAUGUGUUUGGAAUGAGAUGAGCGUGAGUUUUUUAUUUAUGAAUAACUAACCCUUUAAGAAUAAGAGUGCUUGCAUAUUGUUGAUCUUGCAUAUGCCUAUUAGUACUAUUCCCUUAUCUAAACUGAUCAGAACUGAUGGUUAACGACAUUGAUCACAGGAGUGUAUGAGAAAUUCAUUUCCAUUGUUUGUGAUGUGGUUUCCAUGGUGAUGACAACUCUUCACAGAGCUGUCCAUGUCUCCCUUCUGAUUUGUCAGUGGUAUCUGUAGGUCAUCUAAAUGCUGCAUUUUCAUAAAAGGCAAAUUCUGGACUUUUCAGCACCAUAUUUAGUGUCAAACAAAUGUAUUAUAUUUGAAAUACAAUAUUUCUGCUGUGUGUGUCGUUAAUGAGAUCAUAAACAGCAAUGUUAAGAAACAGACCUAAAUAAUGCAGAAUUUCACUAGAUAUUUAAAGGGUCAGCCAUAAGACUUUCAUCGAGUGUUAAUCUCAAGCACCACUUCCUUUGUUUGGAAUGUAUUGCAUUUUAUUUUGAAAUACCUUAAUGAAGGUAUCAUCUGGAGUUUUCUCCUUGUGUUCGUAUCUUGUGUGCCACUGACCAUAGACAAAUACAAUUUUCACAUGCAUUUGCAAUAGUAGCAUAAUAAAUAUAAUGGAUUUGAGAUUGUAAAAAGUGAUGGCAUGUCCAGUAAAUGUAAAAUACUUGAAACCACAGUAAUCAGCUUUAUCUGUGGACUGUUCUACACGUUAAACAUAUCUUAACCUGAUAUAUGAGAAAUGUGGUGGAAUGAUAUCUACUGCUCUUCAAAACAACUGUUUAUAAAGUCGUCUUGCAUUAAUCAUUUUAGAAUUGUAUAUUUCGCAUAUUUAAUCAUAAUUUCUACGAAAGGAGGAUAAUUCAGAUACAAAAAAAAACUAGAGAAUGAAACUAAAAACCGUACUCA